AUGGACUUGUUCCGUCUCAAUGGCCAGACGUUCCUCCUGGUGGUGGACUACUACUCGAGGUUCCCCGAGAUGGUGACCCUGAGAAGCACUACAGCUCGGGCAGUCAUCGAUGCUCUCAAAAGCAUCUUCGCACGCCACGGAAUCCCACAAGACGUCAGGUCGGACAACGGCCCACCGUUCUCGUCGCAAGAGUUUGCGGCAUUUGCAGCGUCUUAUGGCUUCAACCGUGCGACCAGUAGCCCACACUACGCCCAGUCAAACGGAGAGGUAGAGACGAUGGUACGGACCGUCAAGGACCUGUUCCGCAAGUCCAAAGACCCUCACCUCGCUCUGCUCAGUUAUCGGGAAACUCCGGGAGUCGACGGCUUCAGUCCAGCCCAACUGUUGAUGGGACGUCAUCUGAGAACCAGAGUCCCGAAGCAAAACUCCCAGCUACGUCCCCUACUGGCCGCCUAG